AUGACGGACCACCGAUACCCAGGUCCGAAGAUCGGCGCCGGCUGGGUGAGCAUGAUCGAACCUGAAGUGGGCUACGAAAGCGCCUUCAAUCGCUGGUACUCUGAUGACCACUUCUAUGCUGGGGGCAUGUGCCUGCCUGGGAUCUUCGCGGGCCGUCGUUGGGUAGCUACCAAAGAGCUACGAGCCCUCAGAUACUCAGACGACCAGGAGCUCAGGGAUUUUGGCUGCUACUUGCACACCAACCUCUUCAGUAGUCACCAAUUGGAUGAUGUGAAUAAUGCUCUGAGUACGACGUUGCAGCAUCUGGGCAAGGAAGGGCGAAUGUAUCCCACUGAGAUUCCUCGACGACAUUUGUACACGGCGAUUUGUCCUUACAGUACCGUUGUGUAUCGAGAAGGAAAUGACGACGGACCUCACGAUGUUCAUGCGCUCGACUACCCUUUCCAAGGUCUUGUAUUGGAGAUCAUUGACGCGGAAUCAAACGACGAGCGACCGGACUUACUAAAGUGGCUGACCGAGCACUUUAUUCUGGCCAAGCUCAAACAGAGCUCUGCGCUUAUGUGUCUUGUAUUCGUGCAUGCCGAUCUCCCGGACAUCAUCAAGUCGCCAAGGCUUCCAGCCAAAUAUCCUACAGGAGAUUCCCGAGUUGUGCUUCUUUGGUUUCUGGAAAGUGAUCCGCGGUCAUGUUGGCGGAGGGACUUUGCUGAUCAUAACGAAGCAAUCGAUGGGUCUGGCAAAGGUAGAUUAAUACUUACUGCACCUUUCAUCCCGACGAUACCUGGUACGAAUCGCACGAGACGACCCCGACUGCCAGAGCACAGCGAAAGCCCGUCCACCACAUCUCUCGAACCGGAUCUGGAAGACAGCCUCACCACGGCUGAGCAGGCAGGCUUUGUCGCCAAUGUCGUGGCGAACCCCACGGAAACAUGCAAGCCCUUCUUCAUUGGAACCAGUGGUUAUGGUGAUCUUCUUCGCACUAUCACGCCUGCCAAGCAAGUCCACUUCUCAGUGCCUGUUGAGAUGGAAAACUCGUUGGAUCCAGAAGAUCUUGCCUACCUGCAGAUCAAAGGCUGCUUCUCGAUCCCAGAACAUUGCGAAGUCCUUCUCAAAGCCUACUUUGACUUCGUCCAUCCUCUGUUCCCAAUCCUGGAUGGCACUGGGUUCUGCAGGGAGUACAACGAGGGUGGCUCAGAAAAAACCAAUCUUCUGCUCUUAUGGAGCAUGCUUUCCGUGGCAGCAAGCUACGUACCUGCGUAUGCCAGGCGGUCCAUCAAAGAACAAUUCGUCAGUCGUGCGAGGUUACUGUUUCAUCUGGCUCCAGAGAACAACAAAAUGGUUGUAAUCCAGUCCGCUCUUCUCAUUAGUUUCUGGUUUACCGAGGCCCAGGAUAUCAAACAGUCGUGGUUCUGGACGGGAAUUGCAUUCUCGGUCGCUCAAUCCUGCGGCUUGCAUCUCGAUGACACGUCUUGCUCAACCGGGGAAAGAGGAGUGAGACGGAAUCUGUGGCGGGCAUGCAUGCUUCGGGACGUGUGGUUGUCGUACACAAUGGGCCGACCUUUGCGUCUAAACGUGGAUGACGGCAAUAUUCCCGAUGAUUUCACGACCAAGGACGCCGUUCAGUCCAUGGCCAUUCCUACCGCGAACGACCAGCAGUACACACCCGAAGAGAGCACAUCACUUCAAAACCUGUGGCGGAAACUUAUACAGGUCAGCUCUCUUCUUCGCGAGUUUCUGAGCAGCAACACAACUAAGACCGAUGCCGUCAAAAUCAUGAGGAAGAUGCGCCACUGCACUUCCACAGUAUCUGACAACACGUCUCUCCUAAUCACCAUCGCCGAUCGGCACUUCCAGCUCUACCUCAACGCCGCCUUGAUCGCAGUCUACCGCCGCGCCGACCGCUAUGAGGACGCCCGCACCGCCGCUGCCGCUGUCACUUCUAUCAUGCGCCUUUUCAUGGCAGACUCAACGAUCCAGUACGUCGCUGCUCCGACCAUACCGUUGGUCGUGCCUUCAAUACUCAUCUAUCUUGAAGAGCUGAAGAGGCCCGUGACCUUGACGGAGACGGCAAAAACGAGUAAUGUCGUCCAAGAAUACAAGGCUUUUCUAGAGGCCAUCGAGGAGAAUUAUCCCGCUGCGUCGAUUCUAAAGAGGCUCAUUGUGGCGGCCGCGGACCAGAUAUCACGGCUUCGGCUGGCGAGAGGGCCAAAUCCUGCAGGCGGAAAUCUCAAGCAAUCGUACGACUUCUCGUCGGGCAACUCGACGGAUACUCGCUCCGAGUCGCCAUCACUACCUAGAGGACAUUGGACAGCCGAUCACAACGCUGACAUCGCCCUUGACUUUACAUCUGGAGAAAGAAGUCAGGACUUCGCGGACGUGAAUUGGGGUGCCUCGACGUGGAUGCAGCAGCUUCACAGGCUUACAAAUGAUGGGUGGGACUGGACGGGGACGGCUGGGGGAUUGAUGGCGCCGACAGGGCUAUAUUCGACUCAAAUAGACCUGACUGAGAAUGCGCGGUAA